AUGACGGCCGUGGGAGGUUUUUCCUCUUCGCUGGCGGGGGCGCCGGUCGAGCCAUUCCUUCGCGGAACCUUGCGGCGGCCCUUGACCUCCUCGUCGCCCUCCUUUGCCUCCUCUUCUCCCAUUUCCCCCAUCCAGGGGGUCCGGUACUCUCCAUCCCGGAAGGGGGCCCUCCCAAUAUGCAUGGCGAUGGCUGAUCAGGAAUCGGACAAGUUGGUCGCAGCAGCGGAGUUGGAAGCGUCCUCUUCUUCCUCGUCGAGGACCUCUAGCAUGUCCGCCCUCGAACAGCUCAAGACGUCCGCUGGGGAUAGUAAGUUCGUCAUUCCCACGCCUCCCCUCCAUACUAUAUCAAGCAUUGGAUGCUCUCAUUCUCCGUGCCGCCUUGCCCUCCUCUCUACUUGAUUCCUUCUUCACGAAUUCAUAUCUAUCUCCCUCAGCCCCCCCACCCCCCACCCUUUCUGCUCGAAUAACCGUGCGAUGAGAUCAGAGUUCUCUCGAAAUUUGGCAAACUUAUAUCGAUUUGAGUUUCCAUUUUGAUACCGGCGAUCCUGUCCCUCUUUCUGAGCCAUUGCAUCCAGUCUGGGAGAUGGGUUGCCGGUCUCGGACGAUCCCCAAUUCUCUUACAAAAGUGGAUAUUCACGCCUCCAUAUUGCUCCCUUUCCCAGGGUAUACAAAAGAACGGAGCAGCAUCAUGGUGAUUGGGCUCAGCGUUCACACGGCGCCUGUGGAGAUGCGUGAAAAGCUCGCCGUCCCUGAAGCGCAGUGGCCGCGCGCGAUUGCCGAGCUCUGCGACCUCCACCACAUCGAAGAGGCGGCCGUCCUUAGCACCUGCAACCGGAUGGAGAUCUAUGUCGUUGCCCUCUCCUGGCACCGGGGAAUCAGAGAGGUCAUCGGGUGGAUGUCCAAGGUACCGAGCUACUUCUCAACCCGCUUCACUCUUCUGCUCGCGGAUUCGCAGCUUCCCCUGCAUCUACCCCUUUGCUUCGCUUCCAUCUGAGAGGCUACGCCGCCGAUUACACCCCAUUCUAUCUUUCCCCCUGCAGGCCAGUGGGAUUCCUGCUUCUGAGCUCCAGAAGCACCUGUUCAUGCUCCGGGACAACGACGCAACGCGGCAUCUCUUCGAGGUUUCUGCAGGCCUGGACUCCCUCGUGCUGGGAGAAGGGCAGAUUCUCGCACAGGUUAAGCAAGUCGUCAGAGUUGGGCAAGAAGCCGGUGGCCUUGGAAAGAACAUUGACCGGCUCUUCAAGGACGCCAUCACCGCCGGGAAACGGGUCCGUUGCGAGACUAACAUCUCCUCCGGUGCAGUUUCUGUCAGCUCGGCAGCCGUCGAGUUGGCCUUAAUGAAGCUUCCCAGAGCCCACGCUCUCUCAGCUCGAAUGCUUCUGAUUGGAGCAGGCAAGAUGGGGAAGCUGGUGAUCAAGCAUUUGGCUGCAAAAGGCUGUACCAGGGUCGUCGUCGUUAAUCGUUCGGAGGAGAGGGUCGCUGCCAUCCGGGAAGACAUCAAAGAUAUCGAAAUCAUCUACCAGCCGCUGACCGAGAUGCUCUCUUGCGCUGCGGAAGCGGACGUGAUAUUCACAAGCACGGCCUCGGACACUCCCCUCUUCUUGAAGGAGCACGCGGAAGUUCUUCCCCCUGUGAGCGAACAAGUCGGGGGACGGCGGCUCUUCGUCGACAUCUCUGUCCCGAGGAAUGUCGGCGCAUGCGUGUCCAGUGUCGAGACGGCGCGAGUGUACAACGUCGACGACCUCAAGGAGGUGGUGGAAGCAAACAAGGAAGACCGCCUGCGCAAAGCCAUGGAGGCCCAGGUAAUCAUCACCGAAGAGAUGAAACGCUUCGGGGCCUGGAGGGACUCCCUGGAGACCGUGCCCACCAUCAAGAAGCUGAGGUCCUAUGCCGACAGAAUAAGGGUCUCGGAACUCGAGAAAUGCUUGCAGAAGAUGGGCGACGAGGCUCUGACCAAGAAGGUUCGGAAGGCUGUGGACGAGCUGAGCACCGGCAUCGUCAACAAGCUCCUGCACGGGCCGCUGCAGCACCUGAGGUGCGACGGCAGCGACAGCCGGAGCCUCGACGAGACACUCGACAACAUGCAUGCGCUCAACAGGAUGUUCAGUUUGGACACUGAGAAGUCCAUCUUGGAGCAGAAGAUCAAGGCCAAAGUCGACAAAGCGCAGAGAUAG